CACAUCUACAGCAGAGACGACUGCACCUUCAGAGAGCGGAUCCUGCCAGACGGGUACAACGUCUACGUCUCUGACAGCCACGGCGCCCUGCUCAGUCUGGGAAACCACCGGCAGAGGUCGCAGGGUCGAGAUCGAGGCGCACCGUCUCUGGCCCAAUUCCUCCCCAGAGUCAGCAUCCUGGAUCAGGCCUCAUCCUCCGGACUGGACGUCCCAGACCAGCCUGGACAGAGCGCAGUCCAACUAGAAGAACCUUUGGAUACGAUGGACUCGUUUGGGAAGCUCUCGCAGAUCAUUCACAGUCCAAGUUUCCACAAGAGAUGA